AUGGAGAAGAUUGAGUUGGUUUUCAUCCCCUCAAUUGGAUUAGGCCAUGUGAUUUCCAUGGUUGAGAUGGGAAAUCUUCUUCUUUCUCGAUACCCAAAUCUCUCAGCCACUUUCCUAAUCAUCAAUAUGAAAAGCCGCCCCAACGUCGACGUUACCUCUUUAAUCACCUCACUGUCCUCCAGCGAUAGCCACGACUCCACCCGUAUUCGCUUUCUCCAAGUCAGUCGAGAAGAAGAAGACGAUUCAGUGGUGAAUCCUGAAGCCAUGUUCAGUUUAUCUGAUCUCUACAAUCCUAUUAUCAAGGAAACCGUUCAACAAGAAAUUAUAACCCGUUCAGGUUCAGGCCGGCUCGUGGGAUUCAUCUUGGACAUGUUCUGCGCCGGAAUGGUAGAUGUGGCUAAGGAGUUUAAAGUUCCUGGCUAUGUCUUUUUCUCGUCGGGUGCCUCAUUAAUAGGGCUCAUGUGGCAUUUGCAGACCCUUCAAGAUGAGUAUGGCCAGAAUUUGGUCGAUUUGGAUGGCUCCGACGUUGAACUAGAUGUGCCGGUUUUCAAGAACCGUUACCCGGCGAAGGUCAUACCGCCGGUGCUAAUUGAUAAGGAAGGCGGCUCAAAGAUUUUUCUCCGACUCGCUAGGAUGUUGAGAAAGGUAGAUGGGAUUGCGGUUAAUACUUUCUCUGAACUAGAAUCGCACGCAAUCAAAGUCUUAUCAGAUGACGACAAGAUACCAUCGGUUUACCCAGUGGGUCCGAUCCUGAAGUUAAAGAAAGAAAACGACGAGGACUCGUCCGCCGACAUUAUACGGUGGUUGGACGGUCAACCAUCGUCGUCGGUUAUUUUUCUUUGCUUCGGGAGCAUGGAAACCUUCACUGUUGCACAAGUGAAAGAGAUCGCCUACGCGCUUGAGAAUACCGGAAAACGGUUUCUCUGGUCGCUUAGGCGGCCGUCGGGAACGGACAAGAAGAGGUCGUGGAUCACGAGCGAUUACAAAGACCCGAAUCAGGUAUUGCCGGAAGGUUUCUUAGAACGAACGUCCGAUAUUGGAAGAGUGAUCGGGUGGGCACCGCAGGUGGAGGUUCUGUCGCACGAGGCUGUGGGGGGCUUCGUGUCGCACUGCGGUUGGAAUUCGACGCUGGAAACGGUGUGGUUUGGGGUUCCGACGGCUACGUGGCCGAUUCAGGCGGAGCAGAAUAUGAAUGCUUUCUUUAUGGUGAAGGAGGUGGGAUUGUCUGUUGAUGUUAAGAUGGAUUAUAGGCAAAGCCGGUGGAAAAUAUUUGAAGAAGACUCGGCGACGGUGCCGGCGACGGUGAUUGAGAGGGCUUUAAGGCAACUGAUGGAUGAGAAUAGUGAGGAGUGUUUGGAGAUGAGGAAGAGGAUGAAGGAAAUGAGUGACAAAAGUAGGAAGGCCGUGGCGGAGGGAGGUUCGUCUAAUGUGUCCAUUGGCCGGUUCGUGGAUGACAUUAUUAAUCAGGUUGCAAAAAGACAAAUAUAA